ACUGAAAUCGUUGAUUGGAUUCAACAGCUUUUUUCACUGACUCUUUUGGAUUUUCUCUAUAUAAAAUCAUAUCUUCAGGCUCACUUGCUGAUCCGGUGGCUACCAGGCGUGGAGCCCGGCACCCACGGUGAUGGGAAAUCCAGUUAUCAAAACUGGCUCCAGAAAAGAGAACCUAACAUCCAUUAACAAUGGAAGCAUUUGAGAACAUUACCAAAAAGCCACCCUUCCUCAAAACACCAGGCCCUGAUAGUGUUACAGGUUUUAAAAAUCCUGCAUGAAGAAGAUAGAUCUUAAGCCACAUGAUGGAUUCAGAAGCUCAUAAAAAGAGGUCGCCAAUCAUAACAUCUUCAAACCAAGAUACAUCACCUCAUAUUACAGAUAUUGGUGGAAUAAAACAUUAUUUGUGUGGCUGCGGUGCAGCUUUCAGCACUGUAGCAAUCACAUUUCCCAUUCAGAAGGUGCUCUUUCGGCAACAGCUGUAUGGAAUCAAAAUCAAGGACGCAGUGCUUCAGUUGAGGAGGGAUGGAUUUCGAAACUUGUAUCGUGGAAGUCUCCCCCCAUUGAUGCAGAAGACAACUUCACUGGCACUUAUGUUUGGUCUGUACGGGGAUUUAUCUUACUUUCUCCGCAAGCAUAUCCAUUCCCCAGAUGUUGCAACCGGUAGCAUGGCCGCAUUACUUGCAGGGGCAACAGAAGCAAUUUUCACUCCGUUGGAAAGAGUUCAGACACUGCUUCAAGACCACAAACAUCAUGAUAAAUUUACGAACACUUACCAGGCUUUCAAGGCACUGAAAUGCCAUGGAAUUGGAGAGUAUUAUCGAGGCUUGAUACCUGUUCUUUUCCGUAAUGGGUUCAGCAAUGUCCUGUUUUUUGGCCUUCGGGGUCCCAUUAAGGAGCACCUGCCUGCCGCCACAACUUACAGCACGCACUUGGUCAAUGAUUUUAUCUGUGGAGGUCUAUUGGGUGCCAUGUUGGGAAUCUUGUUUUUUCCAAUUAAUGUUGUAAAAACUCGCAUGCAGUCUCAGAUUGGUGGGGAAUUUCAGUCUUUUCCCCAGGUUUUCAAAAUAAUCUGGUUAGAACGAGACAGGAAACUGACAAAUCUUUUCAGAGGUGCCCAUCUAAAUUACCACCGGUCCCUCAUCUCUUGGGGCAUAAUCAAUGCAACUUAUGAAUUCCUGUUAAAGGUUAUAUGAAAGAAAUAAUCAACUAAGUUCCACUUACCAAUUGACUAGAUCUUCAAAGAAGAAUGU